AACUGGAUCCUAUAUAAAGUAUUUUUCUUUUCGGUGACACACACGCGCCAGCCUACCAUCAUAACAAGAUGGCAGCCUCCUUGAGCCGGUUGCACCACAUUUCACUUCACGUUACAAACGUGGAUAAAAUAGCGUAUGAACUUGUUUCUAAAUUUAAGUUUAAUUUAUUUGUUGCGAGGUUGACGGAGAAGUCAAAACAGUUGGCUUUCAGGAAAGGAGCGGCAGUUUUCGUCGUCAAUGAAAGACCAUUGAAUGGAGUAACACUAUCGAGCAAGAGAGGGAUUUCUCCUUCAGAAUCGGAACCGGGAUGGACGAACAACAUUCAAACCGGGAUAAAGAACGACAAGGAUCCGAAAUGUCUCUACGAUGUCAACCCACACUAUUCCGUCGAUACCGCGUCUAACGUCUGUUUCGAAGUAGAAAACGUGGAAAGGUCAUUCAAGUCCCUUCGCAACCUUGGCUGCGAUUUCUUGGUGCCUCCGACAGAGGUGUGUGACGAGAAAGGGAUUGUCACCUAUUCAGUCGUCAAAUCAAUCGUGGGAAAUGUCAACCACACGCUCAUUGACACGAGUAAAUACAAGGGGAGUUUCUUACCCGGGUUUCAGGAGGUUGAAAACGUGACGGAAAACGGCACACCGGUGUCUAAGAGUACGGAGUCUUCUUGUCCAGUCACUCAUUUUGAUCACAUCACCUAUGCUUGUCCGAGACGGUGCACACCGCAAGUGAUGAGCUGGUAUGAGAGGCACUUUGGCUUUCAGAGGUUCUUCAUUGACAGUAAUGAGGAUGUGGAUGAGGGCUAUGUUCUGAACACGGAGGGCAUUGGACUGCGUCUCACAGCCAUGGAGUACUGGAAAUGCAGCCAAACCGGAAUCAAGCUUCCCUUCACAGAUGACAAACAACCGGACUGCAAGUUUGUCAUUGCAGAGUCGCUGCCUGACCAAGGCAGGAACCAGGUGGACACCUUUCUGGAGCAGCACGGAGGCCCAGGGAUCCAGCACAUUGGAUUGUACACACAGGACAUAGUGUCCACAGCACAGACCAUGGGCCAGGCAGGAGUCCACUUCUUCUCUCCUCCUCCUGCCUACUACACGGAGGUGGGUAAGCAGCAGGAGAUGGAGGACGCAGGUUACGACCCCCAGAUGCUGUCUCAGCACAGCAUCCUCCUGGACACAGACCUGCGCCAGGUCCAGACUGACCCUUCCUGUCAGACUACGGACACGCAGAAGAAAAGAUACCUGCUCCAGGUGUUCACCAAGCCCAUCUUCUCAGAGGACACCUUCUUCCUGGAGCUAAUCGAGAGGAGAGGUGCGUCAGGGUUCGGAGAGGGGAACAUCCAAGCCCUGUGGAGGUCUGUCCAGGCAUACAUGGACACAGAGAGGGCAGAGACUGAGGCACAAGGAGAGAACACGAUUCACAGAACAUAACCCCAGAACCAAAGCACUCCCACAGCGCAUAACAUUUUACAGCGAACACUGCAGCGAACUCCUUCCUCCGCUACUCUUUCGUCUGUGUGAGGCUAAAAUACACAGAGUUUCCCGGGGAGCUGUGGAGCGCCGGGGAAGCUGUGGCGCGCCGGGGAAGGGGAAGCUGUGGCGCGCCGGGGAAGCUAUGGUGCGCCGGGGAAGCAUUGAAUGAUUGUGUUUAUGAUUCUGUUAUUAAAUGUGUAUGUUUUAAUGAUUUUUCAUGAAAUCAUAUAUGACUAAUAUUUUUAUGGCCUAUAUAAAUGAAUUCAUGUGGGCAGAAUAUUAUACCCCAAGUCUACAGUUCCGGUCAGAGGUUGCUUUUUCUUUAGUUUUACUAUUUUCUAUGUUGUAGAAUAAUAGUGAAGACAUCACAACUAUAUAAAAUAACACAUGAAAUCAUAUAGUAAACAAAAAGUGUUUAACAACAUGAAAAUAUAUUUUA